AUGCUGCUCUCCAAGUUCGGGUCGCUGGCGCACCUGUGCGGGCCGGGCGGCGCGGACCACCUCCCGGGGAAGAUCCUGCCGCCGGGCAAGGCGGACAAGGAGAGCUUCGAGAAGGUGUACCAGGUGGGCGCCGUGCUGGGCAGCGGCGGCUUCGGCACCGUCUACGCGGGCACCCGCAUCGCCGACGGGCUCCCGGUGGCCGUGAAGCACGUGGUGAAGGAGCGGGUGACCGAGUGGGGCAGCAUCGGCGGCGUGGCGGUGCCGCUGGAGGUGGUGCUGCUGCGGAAGGUGGGCGCGGCGGGCGCGCGCGGCGUCAUCCGCCUGCUGGACUGGUGCGAGCGGCCGGACGGCUUCGUGCUGGUGCUGGAGCGGCCCGAGCCGGCGCAGGACCUGUUCGACUUCAUCACGGAGCGCGGCGCCCUGGCCGAGCCGCUGGCGCGCCGCCUGUUCGCGCAGGUGCUGGCGGCCGUGCGCCACUGCCACGCGUGCGGCGUGCUGCACCGCGACAUCAAGGACGAGAACCUGCUGGUGGACCUGCGCUCCGGCGAGCUCAAGCUCAUCGACUUCGGCUCCGGCGCGCUGCUCCGCGACACGGUCUACACCGACUUCGACGGCACCCGCGUGUACAGCCCCCCCGAGUGGAUCCGCUACCACCGCUACCACGGCCGCUCGGCCACCGUGUGGUCGCUGGGCGUGCUGCUCUACGACAUGGUGUGCGGCGACAUCCCCUUCGAGCAGGACGAGGAGAUCCUGCGGGGCCGCCUCUUGUUCCGCCGGAGGGUCUCCCCGGAGUGCCAGCAGCUCAUCCAGUGGUGCCUGUCGCUGCGGCCCUCGGAGCGGCCCUCGCUGGACCAGAUCGCCGCGCACCCCUGGAUGCUGAGGGCGGACGGGGCCCCCGAGAGCUGUGACCUGCGGCUCUGCGCCCUGGACGUGGACGACGGCGCCAGCACCACCUCCAGCAGCGAGAGCCUGUGA